AUUUUCCAAAUAUAUAUAGAGAUCACUGAUUAAGAAAACGCCUGAUCGCAGGUUGCGCUCAGGUUGCGCUGUGUUGAACUUUGUCCUUCAUAUAUUAGCAGUGGGUGAUUAUGAUAUAAACUCGUGAUAUCUCGGUGUUUUUCUGUAAUUUUCAUGCAUUUCUCGUGGAAAUUUUAGUAUUUUCUUUUCAAAUAUGGCUUUAGAAUAUCUAGAAAUAUAUUGGGAACGUUUUCUUGGCGUUGUGGAGCCGCAUUUACCCGAAUAUUUACAUUGGAACGAGAUUUGCGUAAGUUUGAAAAAUGCACCAAUUUAAUUACACUGUUGCAAUUACGUUGCAAUUGUUCACUGACGUUGGCUGUUUCAAUACAGUUGUUUUAAUAUUAGGACAAUUUGGAGGGCAUGAGUUUUGGAAACUGUCAUCAAAAUUUGUUUUUGCCAAACUUUUUACAAUUUUUACUUUGGAAAGCUUCUGUGGAAUGAUUGCCAAAUUUUUAUCAUGUGACGUUGAUGUAUAAGUUGGACUGGGAAUUUAAAGACAAUAAAAUGGCCAUUUUCAGGCUGUUGAAAAUUGAAUGUGGUGGAAACCAAACUGGGUUACCGCCAAACUAUGCUUGCGGUAACCUGGUUUUUCCAAGACAAAAGCUUGUCUGGAAAAUUCACAGUUUAUUGAUGAUGUGCAUGUUGAUCGUAAUGUGACUCACCAGGUCACAAAUAUACCAACUGGACCAUAGGCAGCCCAACAGCUAGGCAUGUUAAAUAUUUGACUAAAAUACUAAUAAAACUGUUUAAUAUGGUGAAAAUGUUUAUAGAUAACAAUGCAUUUCUGCAGUUCUGGUUGCGUGCUGCGAGCGACGACACGCAUUGCCUACUAUUAAGUUGACAGUCUAUUAUUCCCCAAGGUUGGCAAAUAAAUCAAACCAAAAUUGCUAUACCUUAAACUAUCGAAAAAUACUCAAAAUAUUUUAACAACUAAACGCUAAAAUAAUAACAAAAACUUGAGUCUACAAUAGUUGUUGCAUCAUUUUUGCAAAAUAAUUGAAUUCCUAAAACGAAAAAAAAUACAUUUUAGUCAAUUUCUUCAAUGUUUUUAAUGUUUUGAUGAUAAUAUGCUGGAUGCUUGGAACCUGCUGAAAAAGCAUUCUCGUGUAACAAAUACACAAUCUCAUUGGCUGUAAAAAACCGACGGCCAAUGAGAUUGUGUUUCGACAUAUGAAAAUGCUUUUUCAGCUGGUUUCAUAAGGUGCAUUUCACCUUUUUUAAUUGAAAAAACUAACUAGAAAAAUCAAUUAUACAUAAUUCAAGAUCAGUGAACUCAAUGUUUUAAAAAUGUUUUAAAAUGUUAAAAACAUAUUAAGUUUGCUGAUCUUGAAUGAUUCUUAACCGAUUUUCCUAGUUAGUUUUUUCAAUUAAAAGGGCUGAAAUGCGCCUUAAAAACCACCACUCAAAAGACUGAAAUUUGCCUUUAAACAGUUUUAUUAAAAGCUUGAAUAUUUUUGUCAAAUAUUUAACACACCUAGCUAUUUAAUGGGCUGCCUCUGAUUGGACCACAGGAUAAAAUAUCAUCGCUCAAACCAGGGCUGCAAAUAAAUGUUUGACUUGACAGGACAUUUAUCCGAUCACUUUUAAUUUUGGUCGGACAUAACUUGAAUUUGGUCGGACAAAAACCAACACCACUAAAUUUGGUCGGACAUAUAUACGUCACAAGAUAUAUAUUAUAUAAGUCACGAGACAAGUAUGUAUAGCCAUUCCGGCUCAACGUUAAGUAAAAUGCUAGAAUGCCUCGUAAAUUUUAUUGCAAAAUGCAAAUUGAGUGAAUUUGCAAUCGGAUUUUGUCACAACAAAAAAAUGUAUAAUGUGACAAUUUUUUUUGUGAUCUGACCAAUGUCCGAUCAAAAUUACUUUUGCUCGGACAUUUGCCAAAUUUAGUUGGACAUUGUCAGAUGUCCCACAGUAAUUUGCAGCCCUGUCAAACUAUAGUGUACUCCAACAAAUAAUUUUCACUGAAAGUUGUUAUCAUCGCCAGUACAAGAAUAUAUACUAAAGCAACUGGACUGGUACUGUACUUUUUGACACACUUGUUUAUUACAGUGUAAAUACAGAGUGUGCAUACAAUAGGUUCUCCAGAGCACUUUCUUUGUCUAAGCAGAUUCUGCAUGAAAAAUUCUGUCUAGUGAUGAUUAUGCAAGUCAAGCAAGGCAUCAUAUUCACCUGAGUACAUUACACCAACACAGAAAAAAAUCAUGAUUAUUAGAUUACAUUGAUAUUGAAGGAACCAGAUUCUGUUCCAAAAUAUCACAUACUCGAACCGACCAGACCGCGUAGCUCAGUUGGCAGAGCAUUGGGCUAGCAUUCCAAAGGUCGUAGGUUCGAUUUCCACCAUGUUCAGGCAUAUUUUUCAAGCUUGCCCGGUGUGGAUAUACACUCAGAGUAACAUCACAAGCAUCAUAUUCACCUGAGUACAUCAUGCCAUGAAAUCAAAGAUUGAUAAACAACACUUUCCCAUCAUUUUUUGCUGCAGCAAUCUGUAAGAUUUAAUUACCAGUAUAAAAUCUAAAUCACCUUCGUAUAACAUGGCAGAAGCAUAACAGUGCACCAUAAUUUACUGAUGCAUUAGGACUGGUAGAUAUUAUACUCAGUUGUAGAUGCAUUGCAGUGUGGACUAAAAUAUGACAUGAACAGCCACAAUACAUCGUGCUAAAAAAGAUAUGAAACAUUUUACUUUGUCCAUUGUCCGAGAAAAGCUGUUCGAACUUAAAGUUUUGGCCAUGGGCAGCGAAUGCUUCCCUGCACAGUGUGAAAUUAUUGUGCAUCAUCCCAAAAAAGAUCCACACGCCCCCUACAGAGGAAAUUUCUGUCGUCUUAAAGGCAAGGGGAGAAAAUAUUUGCUGACCUGAUUUUUUGCUCGGCAGAAGCAAUGUAACAACUUAAGUUCUAACUACAUUAGGUAACGAAGCAUUGGCUUUUCUGAUAGUUUGUCUAAUGCCAUAUUUAUACACAUUAUUAGUGAUUGACCAAUAAUCGCCAUUUAACCAUGAUUUAACUAAUUGUAAAAUUUAAUAUGUAAGUGUAACUAUUGUAUAUAUUUUAUCAUCACGCCCCUCUUGGAAAUCAGCAAAUGCUGAAGGGGUUAUAGCGUGUUUAAAUAAAGUUUUAUCUACAUCUAUCAGACCGACUUUUGCCUUAUUGCAUGGUAGGCAAUCAGAAUCGGUAUUUUUUAGAUCAUUUGUGCAUAAUUUAUAUAAAUCAUACACUAUCCCUCCCUAAAAUAAGUCGCUUUUCUCUUAAGAAAGUAAUGAACCUGUUUAUGAACCUGUUUAGCCUAAUUUUCUGGUAAGCACCAUGUGGCUAACUUAGAAAAUCUAGGUUUUAUAUGCUGACUUUUACUGUACACAAAAGGUCAUUGCACGCAAUUAAUCGGUAAUCUGUAAUUUCUGGUUGUGGCACUAUCAGUCAAUUACUAACAUUUACAUAGUAACAUAGAUCUGCUGUUGACAUGACAAAUACAUAGCUAACGUCUUUUAAUGCUUUUCGUUUCUAGUGGACAUUUGUGUUUUAUCUUGCGGAAGCUAGAAGACAUAUACAUCGCUGGUGUCGAGGGUUGGAACCGUGGCAGGUACUGAAUUUAAAUUGUGAAAGACAGGGUGUCCGCGGACCUUGAAAAUCUUGGAACGUCCUUGAAUUGGAAAAAGUUCCAGGACUGGAAAGUCCUUGAAAGUCAGCAGAAGUCCUUGAAGGUCCUGGAAUUCAUUUCCUUAACCUAAAGUUAAGCAAAUCCGUGCCAUUUUCAAAGAUUUUUCCCAGUUUUAGGUCCUUGAAUUUACUGAAAGAUUGCCUUGAAAGUCCUGGAAAAGUCUUUGAAUUUCACCUUCACCAGCGGGUGGACACCCUGGAAAGAAGUAUACCACAGAAAAAUGUUCAAGAGGGUUGUCCAUCUCAAAACCAUUCAACAUUAAAUUUAGUAAUUCUUCAAAAAAACUUAUCUUUAGUUUACCCAUGAAUCUUACACUCUUAUUACCUUGGUAUAUACAUAUACAAGAAUUUGCAAUUUGGUCAGCGCGAUGCACUGGAAUCGUAGGUUCAAUUCUUGCCAGGUGACCUGCCAUUUUUUGCAACUGCUCCUGGUUAUGUAGGCCUAUCAAAUACGACCUUACCACUGGAGCAGAAACAGGUCACCACGGUGAUCUCUUGUUUUAGAACACAAACUUGUCGUAAUGGUCGUAAAAAUAGAGUCACGAUCUUUCUCAACGGCCAGUUUAUAAGUACCUAUAUAUACUAUUUACAACAUGAGCGGCCGUGUUGUAUCGGAUAUUGUAUAUCCGAUACAACACGGACGCGAAUGUUGUAAAUGACUUAAAAAACGACUCAUCUUAUGAGUUCAUUGGCGAAGUAAUUUUAAAAAUAAACGUUGUCUAAGCCGAGAAAAUCAAAGUUAAAGUUUAUGUAAAUCAACAUGAAUCUGUAUCACAUAUACAGAUACGACACGCUUAUGAUUUUUCUUUGUGUUUUCUUCAUGAAUUAUUAAUGAGUUUUAUAAUAGUUUAUACCUGUAAACCACAUAUAAAUCAUAAGUAUUCGCAGUUUCUGUGUGGAAGCUCGCGUGAGAAGAUCAGAUAAUGUAACUAGGAGCUGAACCAUUUAGUGCUUUAGAAACUCGCAAUAAUAUCUUAAAAAAGUAAUUGUGCCGUAUAGGAUACAGGUAGCCAAGGUGAAAACUGCAGUUAUAUGAUCAUAUUUACGAGUAUAGGUAACAAUACGUAACUACGUUAGGUAGAUAAAUAUCCAUGCAGGGGCCCCUGGCCAGCACAUACUGUAGUUUGGUUAUUUUAACAAGGACGUCGUGGUCAAAAUAAAGACCCUGUCACAUUAUUGCAUAUCGUACUAGCAUAUACCAGCGUGUGAAAAAUAACACUCACGUUGGUAUACUCUGACAUACGCUAGGGGUACGUUAGGCAUAUGUUGUAUGUUACACCAGAUAUACGGUACUCAUGCGCUGGCAUUUCGAGGGAUUUUUGUAAUUUCAUACACUUCUCAUACGUUUCUCUCAUACGGAAUGCCAAUAGUCUGACAGGGUCUUAAACCAGAUCCCUCGAAUAUUAAAGGCAUUGGCAAUAAAAAAUUGGUUUAGUUCAUUUGAAAGAACUCUUCAAACUAUACAUUAAACUCUAUUUCAAAAUAUUUCGACUGAAAAAAGUGAGCUGUUCGCCAUCUUGGAUUAUUGAGGAUAUGCAUGUUAGGCCACAUAAAAAAAAUAGUUGGUUAGCGUCCUUAGCUUUUGCCAAAAAGUGAGCGGGCGGGCGCUUUUUUUUUAAAUUUUUACUAAUUUUUAACGCCUUGGUUUUCCUCACUGUUAGGUCCGAAACUGGAUUUUCUUGCGCAGUACAGAUAUUUUUUUAUAUAUUUCAAAAUAUGAUUCAUACCGUCAUUUUCGCCCGCAAUUUCGCAAAUUAUUAACACAAUUGACUACAGUCAACAGAAAUACUACAUACAUUAGAGUCCGUUGAUCAAUAAAAGUUGUUUUUUUAUAAAUAAAAAAUUAAAAAAAAAUCCUGAGCUGGGCCUUUUUUGUGGGCGGGCGGGGACGCUAACCAACUAUUUUUUUUUAUGUGGCCUUACGUCAAGUAUCACGCUAAUUUUUUUCUUGAGAGUAUUAGCGAACAAUAUGGGUCCAAAACUUUGUUUCUGGUUGCUGUCUGAAAUUUAGAAAUGAUUAAAAACAUGUCAAACAAUUUUGGAUUGUUUCUCGGUCAUUCUGGAGUAGUUUUAUAUGAUUAACCCAACUCCUGACGUCAUCAAACCCAUAGUUUAAUGAGGUCAAGAUUUAGUCCAAGAUGGCGGACACAGGGUGUUAGCCAGGAUUUCAAAAGUGGCCGUCCGAAAUAAUUUUGUGGGUGUGGUCACAUGUUUUUGGGCGUGGCCGCAAUUUUUUGUUGUUGUGGAAUUGUGGUGUUCUAUUCGUUGAACCUUUUUACUUUUAGUUUUAAAUGCACAUUUCCGUCAUUAAAUUAGUAAAAGCACACGUAUGGUAUGAACCGUUAGAUCACUACGAUGUACAGUAUAUGCUAUAAUGAAGAACACAAUACAGCAGUGUAAUGUUUAGUUAUUUUUUAUCAAUCGCCGAUAUUUACUGUAACUCUAAAGCACAUGGCGCUCGAGAGAUAAAGGGAUUGCUGUUUUUUAAAACAGCGCUUUCAAAUUAUUCUCCUUGAUACUUCAUGCGAGAAUCAUCAACAUGGUUACAAAAACAUGGCGGCUUUGUCGAUACUUCAAUUCAGCCAUAUUCAAUGUGUUUUCGAAAAAGUAUGAAAACAUACACCAUAAGUAAAGUAAACAGCAGAUGACAACAAUUCGAAGUAUUCAAGAAAUAUUACAAAGCUUGUAAAUUGCUAUUCAAAGAAAAUAUUCCUUUAGGCCGUCCAUGGCCGUCCAUUAAAAUUUAGCCGUCCGAAUUCAGAAGUGGCCGUCCGCAGGACGGUCGGACGGCCGCCUGGCUAACACCCUGGGCGGACAGCUCAUUAAUUUCGGUGUAAAUAUUUCGGGAACUAAGCAAGAUAUGACAAAUCGGUACUAUAGAGUUUAAUAUAUAAAUUCAAGAAUUUUUUUAAAUGAGACCAACUAAUUUUUUAUUGCCAAUGUUUUUUAAGCAGGAAAUGUAAUCAGAGUGUUUUAUUUUAUAUUCAUAGAUUGUCGUAAACACCGUGUUUAUCUGCCUUUGUGUCUGGGUUGGCGUAGAGAUACUACGAUGGUUAUAUUCCUGGAUAUUUUGUCAAGAUGAAGGUAAGCUAGAGAUUAAGUUGCUAUCAAUGUUUGAGUCUGCAAACGUGCGUACUGUAUGAUUAAGUCGAUUAUUUUAUAUCUGCGUCGAAUUGCUUUGUUCAUUUUGGCUGUUUGCGCAUGCACAGAAUGCCACCUUGUGACACAAAUUGUACUAGCCCGACUUGAAAGUCCGGUAACGACACGACUCGCGCGCGCGGUUAAUGCAACUGCUCAAGUCUGCCAAGCCGUCAACAAGUUUUGUUCGCACUGAUUGUCCCAAGAUGUCAACAAGUUUGGAACAAGCUGUUAACAACUUGUAAUAACCUUGUUGAUGUUAUCGUACUUGUUGCAAGGUUGUUUCAACAAGUCCGGUACAAUCAUGAUAGAACAAUAUUGUUGCAACCUUAUGUUGCCAACCUUUUAACAUUCUUGUUAUAGCAUGACUGUAUCACACUUGUUAGAAUAACUUUGCUACGAGUCUGAUAAUGCCAUCAAUCUUGUUCCAAACUUGUUACAACAACUGGGAACAAGCAGUGCGAACACAACUUGUUGACAGCUUGUGAACAGAUUUGUGACAACUUGUUUGCAGAUCUAUAACAACUUGUGCGUUUUUACGUGUGUACUGUUAAACCGUGUUUACACUGCGAACCUAAGCCAGGCCUAUAGGCCUAACUUCGGACUAGAUUUUUGUAGCGAUUUUCAUUGGCCAAAUAUAAUCGGUUGUAAUUUGAUAUGUUAGACAAUUGUUUUGUAUUGUGCUGUAUUGAAACUUUUUUAAUUAAAUACGGUAGAAUCAUGAUCAGUACAAAAUUACAUUAUAUAAAAAUUAACAAUUUUUGCCGAAGGCGAGGUGAUCACAAGCCUAUAUUCACUGAGCCGAAGGCGAAUAUUCAUUUUUUGCAGUGAAAUUCGUAAAAACAUCGCAGAAUAAUCAUUUUGACCCACCUGUACUAACUGUUGCGUAUUAUUUAUAUUAGGUUUUAUAACAAGGAUGAAAAAAGGUUUUUUCAAAACAGUUCGACGUCUCCCUUUCUUAAAAGAGAAGGUAUUUUAAUCAUUGUAUAUUUGCUGAUGCUAUAGGUUCAUAGGUUCAUUUAUUACCAUAUUUAUUAUCUCUGAUUUGCCACACUACAUUGAGUUUAGUGAGCACACAUAUAAAUUAUGUACAUAGAUAUAAGUGGGGGGGGGGGGCAUCCUAAAACCAAAGGCUUGUAGAUCGGAUGUCUCCUCGUGAAAAUUUAAGGUAGCUAAGUGAUAAAUAGUUAGAUUACAAGUUGAUCUAUUUUGUUAUUGUUAAGGGUGAAGAGAAAUCAGUGUUAUAUUUGUUCUUGUGUUAUAAUUGAAUUAAAGAACUUUCUAAUAAGAACUUAUAAGCAUUCUACUUCAGAUUUUGGGACCUUUCAUGGAAAGGAAUUGCAAACUGUUUAGUAUUUGUUUUACAUGCAUGGGAUUGAUAUGAACUUGAAUUUCUAGUAUUGUAGCUCUGUACAAAUCAUAAUUCCCCUGUUGAAAACCCCCUUAACCCAUUGAGUACUCUCCCUUUGACGAGUAAAAUAGUCUGGCAUUAGACAGAGUAAAAUAUUUAGGUGGGGUGAUAAUGAGGGCAGAAUUUACGUGUGUUCGCACGACGCCGUUACAGGUAUUUAGAAAUUAAAUUAGCACUCAUGCAAACCCAAAAUAUUUCAAAUAGUCAAUAGAGCAAAGAAAUUUAAACAAAAAGCAUUCCAAUUUACGCACUGUUUUGAUACCUGAGAUGCUUGGUUUGCAAGCGGUACAAAAAAUGUAACGGCGUUUGUGUUUACACGAAGCCUAUCUUGAUCAUUUUCCAAUUUGUCAGGAGGCAAAUGGUGUCUCCAAAAAAAGUGCAUAUGCAGACAACAUGAAACUUUAAACUGCAGACAAUUGCACAAGCAGUUAUCAAAACUCAUCUUACAGAGUGGUAAAGGAUAUGUGUGACAACAGCAUAGUAUCCUUUUGUAACGUUUUUGACCAGGGUGGGUAUUUAUUUUUUAAUUGAUAUUUGAGAUUUGUUCACUUUUUAUUGGUUGGAUGAGCAAAAUUUUCACCAAGGAAAAUAUUUUCUCUUCGGCAUGCCACCCCCCGUCAUAAAUAUUAAGCGCUUCCUAAGUAAGAUGUGAGUAUGUUGUUCAAUUUCGUAAAAACAUUCUAUACUGUUUGUCAGAUAAAUGCAGAAUUGCAAAAGGCGAAAGAUGAUAUGAAUAAAGCCUGGAUAAGCAAGAACAAUGAACACUAUCAUACCAAGGUAAUGUAAAUUAUCAUACUAAAACGUAUCGAAAAAAUAUACAAACCACUGUGGCCAAAAUAUUGUUUGUUUUCAGUGUCAUGCAGCUUUGUGGGCCAAACGAUUAGCGAUUUUUUUACAUCUGGCUCGAUUGAACUGAUGCGGAAGGAUUUUGUAAAUGGAAAUUUCAAGUAUAGAUUUUAAGCGUUUAUUAAGACCUAACCAGAAUAACGUAAUCUUUUACAGACAAUUUUCUGCCCUAAACCCAGAUCCCCAGAAAGAUAGAAACAUUUUCCACCUCUGCAGGCCUAUAGUUGCAUUUUUCGCAGCUACUCCUUGUUAGGUAUAAAAUAAAUUACACUCGAAAUUUUCAUCCAUAAAAUCCUUUAACACUAGUUCAAUCGGUCGAGAUGCCACAAAAUCUUGAUAUUUACCCAUAACCUACACAUGGCAGCACCCUGGUAUAUAUACAAGAGCUUGUUGUUAAAGCUCGACAACUGGCUUCUGUAGCUCAGUUGGUUAGAGCGCUGCACCGGAAUCACAAGGUCGCCGGUUCGAUUCCUACCAGAAGGUCCACAGUUGGAUUUUUCGCAACAGCUCCUGUAGAUUUGCUUCCUCGCAAAAAAUGUACGUAAUGGAACGCAGGUUUAAGAGAUUAUGUAUCAUUCGUUCAGCUUCCAGAUAAGGGGAUGGGCCAACAAGCACUUAUGAAGGAAAUCGAUAAAUAUGAAAAACUAGGUAAGCUAUUAUUCAGUUGAAUCUCUCUAAUACAGACGCUCUUCAAUGCGAACACAUCUCUAAUACAGACACCUCUCUAAUACAGACACCUCUAUAAUACAGACACCUCUCUAAUACAGACACCUCUAUAAUUUAGACACCUCUAUAAUAUAGACACCUCUUUAAUACAGACACCUCUCUAAUACAGACACCUCUCUAAUACAGACACCUCUCUAAUACAGACACCUCUCUAAUACAGACACCUCAAUAAUAUAGACACCUCUAUAAUACAGACACCUCUAUAAUAUAGACACCUCUCUAAUACAGACCCCUCUGUAAUACAGACACCUCUCUAAUACAGACACCUCUCUAAUACAGACACCUCAAUAAUAUAGACACAUCUAUAAUACAGAUACCUCUAUAAUAUAGACACCUCUCUAAUACAGACACCUCUAUAAUACAGACACCUCUAUAAUAUAGACACCUCUCUAAUAUAGACACCUCUCUAAUAUAGACACCUCUAUAAUACAGACACCUCUAUAAUAUAGAGACCUCUAUAAUACAGACACCUCUCUAAUACAGACACCUCUCUAAUAUAGACACCUCUCUAAUACAGACACCUCUAUAAUACAGACACCUCUAUAAUAUAGACACCUCUCUAAUACAGACACCUCUAUAAUAUAGACACCUCUCUAAUACAGACACCUCUAUAAUAUAGACACCUCUCUAAUACAGACACCUCUAUAAUACAGACACCUCUCUAAUACAGACACCUCUAUAAUAUAGACACCUCUCUAAUACAGACACCUCUAUAAUAUAGACACCUCUACAAUAUAGACACCUCUCUAAUACAGACACCUCUGUAAUACAGACACCUCUCUAAUACAGACACCUCUAUAAUACAGACACCUCUAUAAUAUAGACACAUCUCUAAUGCAGACACCUCUAUAAUAGAGACACCUCUAUAAUAUAGACACCUCUAUAAUAUAGCCACCUCUCUAAUACAGACACCUCUAUAAUAUAGACACCUCUUUAAUACAGACUCCCCUAUAAUAUAGACACCUCUCUAAUACAGACACCUCUAUAAUAUAGACACCUCCCUAAUACAGACACCUUUAUAAUAUAGACACCUCUAUAAUAUAGACACCUCUCUAAUACAGACACCUCUAUAAUAUAGACACCUCUAUAAUAUAGACACCCCUCUAAUACAGACACCUCUAUAAUAUAGACACCUCUCUAAUACAGACACCUCUCUAAUACAGACACCUCUCUAUUAGUCUCUAAUACAGAUACCUCUCUAAUACAGACAUCUCUAAUCCAUAAGCCUCUCUAAUACAUACGCCUCUCUAAUACAGACAUCUCUCUAAUACAGACAUCCCUAAUAGAGACAUCUCUCUAAUAAAUGCAUCUCUCUAAUACAUACAUCUCCCUAAUACAGGAACCUCUCUAAUCCAAACACUUCUCUAAUACAGGCACCUCUCUAAUAGAGUCACCUCUCUAAUCCGAAUGCUUAACUACUAAAUUGUGUUUUGAUAUACGGAAUCGUAAUGUAAUUGUAUAAACCUCAGUUUACUGAAGGCAGUUACAGACAAGCAAGUUUUCUAUAAGACUUUUUCGUGUGGCAUGUUUUAUUUGCUAACUGUAUGUGUUACUUACAACAAUAGAUCGCUGACCAACCGCACGCAAGUGCUCAAUCUUCUUUGCUGACGCAUAUAUAAGCGAGCAAAAUAUUAAACGUUUGCCAAUUCUUUCUAUGACAUGUGCACUGUCUUGUUCGAAAGCUAGCAUACUAACUUAUGAACGGAUGUAGGCCUACUUAUUGUGAUAGAAAAACCUGGCAGAGUUGCCAAAUAGGUACAGAUACGAGCAAAAAACCUCGGCAAAUGAAAACUCCAGUGCAUAAAAACAUUUGACUCAACACCGGGAGCAAAAUAAUGCACGAUGCACAGUGACUCAAAAUAUUGAAUAAUAUUACUCAAAUUUAUGAGCAAAUUUACUCAUUUAAUUGAGAAAAGUGUAUCUUUGUUGCAAAAAUUGAGUAAAUUUGUGGGGAUUUUUAGUAGUGUUGUCAUAGAAAAAUAGCUCGUGUGUAACCGACGUAAUUUGUCGUUCCAGGUAAAAUUGACUGGGCCGCUGGAAAAGUAUCUGGGACAGUUUAUCACGGCGGAAAGGAACUCACUGAUGUUUUGACAGAGGUCCGUUAUGGCCCAUUUUCACUCAUGAUAAUUUUUAAAAAAAGGGAAAAUUUUAUAAAAUGUGAUUGGCCAACACAAAUUUUGUGUCGCAAUAAAAUUUCACGUUGAAAAUUUUCAACUUUUAACAAUAAAAUUCCGGAAAAUUUUCUGGCCGUGGAAAUUUUUCUUGAGUGGAAAUGGGGCAGUUUAUAUUGGACAGUUCUUUUCUGAUUCGACACAUCAUAUCAGCCAACAACAAAUGAAAAUAUAAACAAGCAAAGAAAUAAGCCAGUAAUUAAUAAUGUCCAAUGUCACUCACUAGGAGGGGGUAGUUGCCCCCAGGUAUAGUGUACUUGUAUAUUUGGCACAGAACAAUUACGUCCGACGUCUAACUUAGUUGCCGAACUUGUGCUGUAUACAGUAUACCCCAUAUUGUCACUCAACCUACAGUAGCAGACUUCAAUCUAUUUAUAGGGAGGCAUUGCAGAAAAAAAAUCUUCCGUCAUUAUAUAAUCGAAGACAAUCAAUGGAAAAUUAGUUAUUUGAUAAACUCGUUAAGAAUAGUGAUCAUAAAUUACAUUAGCUGUUACCACCCUUAAAUCCUUAAAUCAUACGUUGUCCCAAAGUUUCACCCACCAUUAUGUAAAACGAACAGAUUCAAUAACACUUUUAUUAUGAAAAAUUCUUAUAAAUAUGCUGUAUUUUUUACCCUCCUGCUUUAAAAAUAAAUGCGUAUGAUAUGUAUUUUGCAGUAAAUCUUAGCCAAGUCAUUCUUGUUGUUUUCUAGGCUUAUAAACGAUUCACAUGGUCAAAUCCACUUCACCCGGAUGUUUUCCCAGGAGGUGAGCAUUCAAGAUGAAUAUCACAUAUACACUGUCUGCUCUCGAUGCAAAUAGUUAGUUUUGUUUUCCCAAGAGUCUCAAUGUUUCCCGAGACGGAGUCGAUUGUACUGUCAAUUUGUGUUCACACGAGAAACGAGACAACCCGGCUUGGUGAGAUCUCAUCUUGCGCUAGGUGGCAUCUCAGUCUAGUGGGAUAAAAUUUUCCAUAUGAAGACUUUAUCCUACCUGACCGGGAUGGACAUUUUGGCCGAUUUUGAGCUAUAAUAUAGCAUUGAACGUCGUAGUUGGAAAAUAGAAACAAAAUAUAAACAUCAAUAGUCCUAAACAGAUAUUAUUAAAGUCGUAAUACAAGAUGCAGUUUGUUUAAUUACAACAAAAAUAUUUCGAAGACCGCCAUGUUUACAUAAUGUCGUCCCACCCAGGCUGGAUGGUAAUUGAGAGGUUAUAAGAUUGACGUUUACGGCAGACUGGUAAGGCCACAUAAAAUAAAUUCCUUGAUUCUCAUCACCGCCCGACUGUAUUUUGAGAGCCGCGUGAAAUUUUUUUAUAUUUCGUUAUACAAUAUAAAUGUACCGCCAGACAAAAUAUUCCAAGACAGUUAAGUUUUUUAUAUUUUAUAUUGGGGUUUUAGUGCCAUUUUAGACUGCCAAUUUCAAACAAAUAGAACCUUGAAAGAAAUUUCAUUGCAUUUUAACGGAACUUCGCAUUCAGUUCAAGGGUGCAGUCAUUGUUCGUGGAGAAAUAUGUUUAUUUCAGUUUGUGACAUUUUUAUUUAUUGAUAUAUAAAUUAUAUAAAUAUAAAAUAUAAACCUCCCGCCUCUUCGACAUUUUCAAAGUGUAGUGAUGAGAAUCAAGGAAUUUAUUUUAUGUGGCCUAACCGCAAGCGAGAAACUUCAAUUCGUAUUUGAAGGUAAGUUCUACAAGUUUCCGAAGGUUUCGACAGGUUUUUAGUCAAUUCAUUCUUCAAUUUUAAUGCACAAAUUGUCCUAUGACUUCCAACAGUUUACAGUUGAUCUCAAAAUACGACUUGAAGUUCUAGCGGCUACCGGUCUGCCGUAAACGUCAAUCUUAACCUCUCUAAUGCCUAAAAGGGAUGGACGAGAAGGUUCCAAAAUUGAAAUGAGAGUUUGCGUUAGUAUUAGCGUGAGUGUGGGGGUUAGGGUUAGGUGUGGGUGAGAGUAAGGUUUAGUGUUGUUACAAAUGAUCUUAAAAACUGGCGGCCAUCUUGAAAACCUGCCUCUAGUCCAUCCCCCAUUAGCCACGACCGAGGGUGGAUAUUAUACUGUAGGUGGGAUAAAAAGACUGAUAUAUGAACACAGAAAUAAUUUAUCACACUCACGCGAGCUUCCCCGCAAACCCCGGGCUCAUAUGAACAGGCCAGGUCCCAAAAGGGUUAAAAUAACCAGGAAAUUUGACCAGGGAUAUUAAUUUUACCCAAAUAGAAUAAGUUCUAGGCUAGUUAGGAAACUUUUAACCUUAGUGUUAUGCCCAAAAUCUUGAAAUAAAGGAUCACCUUUCAGAAUGAAAUGCGCAAAGUCGUAAUCUUUUCUUUCAGUUCGUAAAAUGGAGGCUGAAAUUGUUCAAAUGUGUGUGGGGAUGUUUAAUGGAGGACCCGACGCCUGUGGGACGGUAAGUGGUGUUUAAAUUUGUGUACCCAAUGUCCGGCCGCGCCAGAAACACCACUAUCGGGAAUUUUUGAACAGAAUAUCUUCUUUACAUCUUGAAGGAAAUGUUGUCAUCUCAUACUGCAAUGCCAUGUAUAAUUUAGGUAUUAUUUACAAAAGUGUUUUUGCAUGUGGAGAUUGCGUUAUAAAGUACGUUUGUGGUUAUAAAGUGUGUGGUUAUAAAGUACGCUUUCUUUGGGCAUACCUUAUGGAUACGGUUUUGUAGCUAGCUAUAAUGUACGCCUGUUUUCGGCACACCUUAUAACCACGGCUUGUGGCUAUAAAGUGCGCGUUAACUUCGAAUUAAGAAUAAUGUUAAGGUUUUAUGAGCUGAUAGCUUGAUUAGAAAUUCCGUCAGAAGAAAACUGGAAUUAGCUGGGGGGAAUGGAAUUAAAACUGUUUACAACAUUCAUAGAUAUUGGACGUCAGUUUCCGCAUUCUUGGUUUAACUUUUCUCAUAGACCAAAUGACUGAAAUUCUCGCUCCAGAUGUAUAUAGAGCUCACGGCUAUGACUAAAGCUCCCUUCCCCUCCCCUGUCAACAUACACUUUUAUCUUACCCACAGUGUGUUUUUCCUCCAGACGACAAGUGGUGGGACUGAAAGUCUUCUAUUGGCUUGUAAAACGUAUCGAGAUUGGGCGAAAGAAGAAAAAGGCAUUGUAAAACCUGAAAUGUAAGAAUGUCGUAAAGAAAAUACAGUUACUUGCCAAAAGUUUGAAAACAAGCUAAAAAAUUUGAAUAUUUUGCAAAAUCCAUUACAGAUGUUACAUGUUCAAAUAUGCAUUCGGUUUAAUAACUGGUUAGCAUGAUUUCAUUUCAGCUAUUUUAACCUACGGUAAUAUUUAAAAAAUGUUGACCAUGCUGUCCUAUUCCUUUCCGUAACAUGAGGAACCAGAAUCGUGAGAACCAUUGAGGUGCCAGCAAAAAGGUUUAAACUCAACCCAAUAGAGAAUUUAUGGAUGGUUCACAAGAAAAGAGUAAGCAAAGGAAUUACCAACGACAUUUGCUGAACUAGAGAUUAUUGUUUGGAAAACUUGGGAAUAAAUUCCUAGAAAAAUGUUGUCAAGAUCUUGGUUUAAUCCGUUGCUAAAUGGGCAAAGAAUGUCCGGAAAGCACAAGGAUAUUUGCAACUACAUACUGACAGUUACCCCGAAGGCCCAACAUAUUCUUAAUAUUAUCCAGUACAUUUUCCUUAAAAUAUCUUAAAUGAAAUCCUGCUAACCAGUUAUUAAACUAAAUGCAUAGUUAAACAUGUAACAACUUAUUGAGUGAGUCGGUAACGGAAUUGUGCAAAAUAUUUAACUGUUUUGACUUUUGAAGAUAUUCAAACUUUUGGCAAGUAACUGUAUACCCAUGUUUACGGAACGUAUUCUUGAACACUUUUGCCUGUUUUAGGGUUGCAAAUUCUAAAGCUGACAUAACACAAAACCGAACGCUUUGAGACCCUCGUGGCAUUCGGCUACUGAAUUGCAUUGAAUUAAUGGUUAUUCACAAAUGUAUUAUUUUUGUUAGUGUCGCUCCAAUCUCGGUUCAUGCUGCUUUUGAGAAAG